CACAUUUCCAUUACAAGAAAAAUGGCUGGACAAGAGGAACACUAUGAUAACAUUUUAUUGGCCAUGGCUCAAAAACAUACCGGUGGUAUGCCCGAUUUCCUUCGUACAUUCGCUGGCUUCCUAAGGCGACGUAGUGAUUUCUAUACAGGCGAUUGGGAAAAACUCAUCAUGGAUAUUUUACGCAAAGAAGCUGAUAUUGCUAUGGCUGAACACAAAGAGAAAUUGCGAAAACAGGAAGAACAGCGUAAACAAAAGGAGGAAAAAGAACGUAAAGAACGGGAGGCGAGACAAAAGGAAAUGUCUCAGAGUAAAAUUUGUGAUAUCACUGAUGAGGAGGCGGCUCAAAUUAUUAAAGAAGAGGAAGAUAAAAAACGUCAAAAACUUUUGGAAGAAGCUGCAGCCGCUGCUGGUGGUGCUGCACCCGUCGUUGUGGACGAAGAAAAAUCAAAACCCAUCGACAAAGUUGAGGAUGAAACCGAAAAAUCUGAAGUUGGUAAAUUAUUACCAAAUGCCGGUAACGGUUGCACUUUGGAUAAAUAUAUGUGGACACAGACAUUGGGUGAAGUCGAGCUUAAAAUUCCAUUUGCUGUAUCGUUUAAUUUGAGAGCACGUGAUUUGGUAGUCGAUAUACAAAAGAAAACACUAAAAGUUGGUUUGAAAGGUCAUGACCCCAUUAUUAAUGGUCAAUUGUGUGCCGAAAUUAAAGUUGAAGAUUCAUUGUGGGUAUUGCAAGAUAGCAAAACUGUUCUAAUCACAUUGGAAAAGGUUAACAAAAUGAAUUGGUGGGAUCGUCUGGUUAUGACAGAUCCCCCAAUUUCAACACGCAAAAUAAAUCCCGAACCAUCCAAGCUAUCCGAUCUCGAAGGUGAAACACGCAGUUUGGUCGAAAAGAUGAUGUACGAUCAGAGGCAAAAGGAAAUGGGUCUACCCACCAGUGAUGAGAAAAAGAAAAUGGAAAUAUUGGAACAAUUCAAAAAACAACAUCCUGAAUUGGAUUUCUCCAAAUGUAAAUUUAAUUAAUAUACUAACA